GCCAGCUAAUUCAAUACAGUCUAGUCUAGUGAACUGUAUUCCAAAUUGAAUCCAGUUUUAAUUUUUUCCCAGAAAACCGAAGAUGCAGAGCGCUGGUGCCACUCAGCAGGGAAUGGGGUACGCCCCCUUCUGGAAGGUGAAGGUGUGGGAGCAGGAGUACUUCCAGGGCAAGUGUCAGGAGUUCACCUCGGAGUGCUGUAACAUCCAGGACUGCGGCUUCGACAACGUGCGAUCAAUCAGAGUGGAGAGCGGGGCAUGGGUUGGGUUCGAGCACCAUGACUUCCAGGGCCAGCAGUUUGUGUUGGAGAGGGGGGAGUACCCUCGCUGGGAUGGCUGGAGUGGGAACCUGUCCUACCACGUGGAGAGACUCAUGUCCUUCAGACCUGUGUACUGCGCUUCUCACCGCUGUUCUCGGAUGGUGAUCUAUGAGAAGGAGGGGUUCCUGGGUCGCUGUGUGGAGCUGUGUGAUGAUUACCCCUCCCUGCAGGCUAUGGGCUGGUGCAACAACGAGGUCGGGUCAAUGCAAGUGCAGAGUGGAGCUUGGGUGUGCUACCAGUAUCCAGGUUACCGUGGUUACCAGUAUAUUAUGGAGUGUGAACGUCACAGCGGUGAUUACCAGCACUGGAAGAACUGGGGCUCCCAUGCCCAGACCCCCCAAAUCCAAUCCAUCCGCAGGAUGAUCCACUAG